ACAUAAUAAAUAAAUAAAUAAAAACGUACUAAAGGGAAAAGUAAGGGAGCUGGAAGAUGGCUCUGUGGUUAACAACACUUGCUGAGCCAGGCAGUGGUGGCGCACACCUUUAGUCAUGGCGCUCAGGGGCAGGGACAGGUGGAUCCCUGAGUUCAAGGCCAGCCUAGACUACAAAGUGAGCCUAGGACAGCCAAGGCUACCCAGAGAAACCCUGUUUUGAAAACAAAAUUAAAAAAAAAAAAAAACCCAAACAACAACAACAGAAGAAUACUUGCUGUUCUUGCAGAGGACUUAAGCCCAGUUUCCAGCACUGAUGUGGGCACUUAAACAUUUAGCCAUCUUCCUAGUCCCUAACUCACACAAUUAGAAAGAAAACAGUGGAGAAUAUUCAUAGAAUAAUGGAGACAUUAUCAUUCAUAACUACACCUUUGUGUUCCAGAAAAAGACAGAAAGGAAAGGUGGCUACACAAAGCCUUUUCUCUUAGGGAUUAAUUUAAGGGGUUGUCAGUCUGGUAAGCCCUAAUUCUGACCUUCAAGGCCGCAUGAAAGAACCUGGUUACCAGCAGAGCAAUUCCCUAACAAACGGUUUCAAUUGUAGCCAGGCAAGGUGUCCAGAAGAGAGGCGAGCUACGACAGGACAGCCUUGUGUGACGGUAGCCACCUGCUGUACUCAAGGAGUGAGCUCUCCGCUUCAAACUGAAUUAUGUACUAAGUAAGACUGUGACUUAUACUGCCUCGGGGAGAAAAACCUCCAUAGUAAACAAACAUUGCUACUAUUGUUUUGUUUUUUGAGACAGGAUCUCUCUAGCCCUGUCUAUCUUGGAACUCUAUGUAGACCAGGCUGACCUCAAACUCACAAAGAUCUGCCUGCCUCUACAUCCUGAAUGCUGAGACCACACCUGACUCAGGCUAGUCUUGAACACACAGGGUCACGUAAUUAAUCCUUCUGCCUGGGCCUCCCCAGCAACUGGGAUCAUAGGUGCGUGUGGAACCUUAGAAGCUGUCUUAAAAUGAACGUGUGUUGUCUUGUCGGCUAUGGUCAGGAGGCUCCACAGCUUGACGAACUCUUCUUUUUCAUCAUUCUUCAUCCUGCCUUCAGCUGUGCCCGCAGGGGCUGACACUGUCACCUUCUGAGGCAGCACCCACGGUUCUGAUCACUGCCCCCUCUCGGCCCUCUCGGGGCUUAUUUACCUCUCAGAUCUCUCAGGCCUUCCUUUUCAUCCUCAGCACUGGGUGCUACCUGUGGCCCAGCCGCUCCAUUAACAGCGCUUGGAGCCUGUGAACAACACCAAAGCCAACACCAAAGUCACAGGCAGUCUGCCCCUAGCCACCACCUUUUCAGAGCAGACAGGCUCCACCAGCUGUCGCAGCUGGAAGUUGGAUGGGGUAACUGCCUUGUUUCACCCAGGCCCCCCUUUGCCAUUCUGCAAACUGCAGCCCGUUCCUGGAAGCUUGUCUUCCUGUCUAGAAUGUUUUUCCCUGGACCGCUGUCCAACUCAGAUCCAACAGAGAUCUCCCUUCUGACAGCCUUGACUUCUUCCAGCUGCAUUGUCACCAUUCAUCACAGCCAGCUGUGCAGCACAGGCCCACUACCACUCUGGAGGCCGAAGCAGAAGGAUCACCCAGAGUCUGGGGUAGCUUGGGCUACACAAAAUACACCUUGCCUCAAAAAAAGGCAGGAGAAGGAAAAAAAGGAAGAAAAAUAUUCAAUUAGGAACUGCCUUUUGGGACAACUUGAUUUCGCAAGUGGAUUUGUCUUCAGCAUGGAUAAUGUUCUCCAUGGUGGUAACUAGCCCGAGGCCGCUCUGCUCUGAGCAGGUUUCCCACGUGUGUUGAGUGAGUGUGGCCUGAAUCUUCUGAACCAGAGUGGGGGGCUUAGUGUCUGGAGCCUGUGUGAAAGCCAAUUCAGCAACAAUUGAAUGCUCAUUUGUAAGUGACUGGGUAUGGAAUUAACCCUAUUUUUACAUCCCUUGUGGUAUGCAGAGAGAAACUCCAAGCAUUAAUGUAUCAACCCCUUUGUGACUUUCCAGUGAAGGGGUAAAUGCAAACAGGGACCCUCAAAAUGGAUGCUAAUUACUGGAAAUCCUCCAGGGACCAGCCAGCCUUACAACGCUAAAAACGGUUUUUAUCUACCAGUUUCUAGCCGUGCACAUCAGAAAGGGAAAGCAAAGCCAGUUGGUAUGGGCUGGGUGCUGGACAUCCUUUUUGGGCCCACCGUUCCUGUGGAAGGUCUUAGCUGACUGGCAAGGUGUGCUGAGCCAGCCCCGCCCUAGAGCCAGUAGAGUGGCAUAGGGGCCUGAGCCUCCAUGUGCGACCUCCUCCACGGGGCCAGUGUAGCCACUCUUGCCUGUGCCAACUCCCUGCUUAUUUCCCUUGAUCUAAAAUGUUGCAUAUUGCAACUCUAGGAGGGAAGGGGGAGGAUCAAAUGGAUCCCUAAACCCCUGGCCCUUCCAGACUCUGAUGCCUCUGGGUGUAGCAUGGGUGGCCGUGCCGUAGGCUCCUAGGAUCUGUAAUGGCAUCAAGCCCAGACACUGUUUGUUUAUCUAAACACCAAUCAGAAACUGCCUGGAACUGAACACAGGCAGGAUGGGCCCAUGCAGCCACCUCAGUGGAGGCUGACUGUGGCUCGCCUUGUACUUUCUCAGGGACUCUGUACCAGUCCUCAGUCCAGUCCUCUAACCUCCGUUCUACAAUGGAGACUUGAAGUUUGCUGUCAUAGGCAGUGGCAGAACAAGCCGACAGACUCCUGAGCUCCUCUUAAGCAAGAGACUACUUCUCUGAGUAUCUGUUGGCUGCAGCAGGGCGAAGCCAUCCGUAACUCAGCACUCACACCACCGGGGGUUCAGUAUGAGCCUUUAUUUCUAUAUUGCAUGUAUUUCUUUAUUGUGGACGUGUCUGUCAUUUGUGUGGAGGUCAGAGGAGGGCUGUGGUAGCUGGCUCUCUGCUUCCAAUCUGAGUCUCUGAUUGGAACUCAGAACUCAGGUUGGGCCCGAAGUGUCAUCACUCACUGGGCCAUCUCAACAGCCCUUUAAGAGCACACUCUUUGGAGCUGGAGAUAAAACUCAGUGCUUACCAAGCAUGCACAAAGCCCGGGGUUCAGUCCCCAUUGCUGAAUAAACUGGGUGCGGGAAGCCUUUACCUAUCUCUUCUGAGUUAAAGGAAGGAGCAUAAGAAGUUCCGGGUCAUCCUUGGCUGCAUAGGAAGGUCAAGGGCCCAUCCUGGGCUAGAGACUGUUUCACAGUAACAAAACGAACUCACCGCCCAACCUUUUUAACCCGUGCGGUGAUGUCUCUCCUGAAGCAGGGUGAACCGUUUUGACUUUGCCAGGAUGGGAGGUAUGCCAGAGUGGCUGUGGCUAAGUGACUGAGGGCCUGUGAGCAUGUCUGAGAGGGGCAGCGUAGACCGCAGCUCACGUGCUUAUCGGAUGGUUUCGGCUGGCAAAGUUCUCUUUGAUGCUUGGAAGACACAAACUCAUUUUUAAAACCAGUCUUUAGUAAUCAUUUCUCUUCAAGUUUUUCUGAAAAAGCUUGAGGUCUCCAGCUGGUUCUAUAGUUUCUACCUCGGCUACCGCUUCUCUCUGCUCCUGGACCCCUCUCCACUUCAGGGACUUCCUACCAUCGAGGAAGUCAAAUGGAAACUUAAAGAGGUCGGGGAAGUCGGAAAUGAAGGUGUGAAGGUGGCGAGGAAGAAGUUUGGGCUUUAAGACCGGAACCUCCUGGGUUCCUGCUAGACCAAUCUGCAGCUUUUGCAAACAGCCUUAAUGCCAUCAGCGCCCCACUGAGGAAUUCAAAGCUCAGCCUGUCACAAUUAACACCUUUGAGCAGCCUCUUCCUAUUUGACAGUUUUUCCUCUUCUGCUCCUCUCUCCUGCCACCGGGAAAGCUCGAGGAGAACCGUGGUUUUAGGGAGCCCCCUCACAUAGCUGGCCGCCCCUCGGCGAGCAGAAGUCGGGGGAAGAUCCGCUGGGCUAGCCAGCCUGCAGGAUGUCGGUGCAGCUGGCUACCGCCCUGCGUGUGGUGGGCACCAGCCUGUUCGCCCUGGUGGUACUGGGGGGCAUCCUGGCUGCCUAUGUGACAGGCUACCAGUUUAUCCACACAGAAAAGCACUACCUGUCCUUUGGCCUUUACGGUGCCAUCCUGGGUCUACAUCUGCUCAUCCAGAGCCUGUUUGCCUUCCUGGAGCACCGGCGCAUGCGCACAGCAGGGCGCCCGCUGAAGCUGCACUGCUCUCAGAGGCAACGCUCCGUGGCACUCUGCAUUGCUGCCUACCAGGAGGACCCCGAGUACCUGCGCAAGUGCCUGCGCUCGGCGCAGCGCAUCGCCUUCCCAAACCUCAAGGUGGUCAUGGUAGUGGAUGGCAACCGCCAGGAAGAUGCCUAUAUGCUGGACAUCUUCCACGAGGUGCUGGGCGGCACUGAACAAGCUGGCUUCUUCGUGUGGCGUAGCAAUUUCCAUGAGGCAGGCGAAGGGGAGACAGAGGCCAGCCUGCAGGAAGGCAUGGAGCGUGUGCGAGCCGUGGUGUGGGCCAGCACCUUCUCAUGCAUCAUGCAGAAGUGGGGAGGCAAGCGUGAGGUCAUGUAUACAGCCUUCAAGGCCCUUGGCAACUCAGUGGACUACAUCCAGGUGUGUGACUCUGACACUGUGCUGGACCCAGCCUGCACCAUCGAGAUGCUUCGAGUCUUGGAAGAAGAUCCCCAAGUAGGGGGUGUUGGAGGAGAUGUCCAAAUCCUCAACAAAUACGAUUCGUGGAUCUCCUUCCUGAGCAGUGUGAGGUACUGGAUGGCCUUCAACGUGGAGCGGGCCUGCCAGUCCUACUUUGGCUGUGUCCAAUGUAUUAGUGGGCCUUUGGGCAUGUACCGCAACAGCCUCCUUCAGCAAUUCCUGGAGGACUGGUACCAUCAGAAGUUCCUAGGCAGCAAGUGCAGCUUUGGGGAUGAUCGGCACCUCACCAACCGAGUCCUGAGUCUUGGCUACCGGACUAAGUAUACAGCGCGCUCUAAGUGCCUCACAGAGACCCCCACUAAGUACCUUCGAUGGCUCAAUCAGCAGACCCGCUGGAGCAAGUCUUACUUCCGGGAAUGGCUCUAUAAUUCUCUGUGGUUCCAUAAGCACCACCUCUGGAUGACCUAUGAAUCAGUGGUCACGGGCUUCUUUCCUUUCUUCCUCAUUGCCACAGUCAUACAACUCUUUUACCGUGGCCGCAUCUGGAACAUUCUCCUCUUCCUGCUGACAGUGCAGCUAGUGGGCAUUAUCAAGGCCACCUAUGCCUGCUUCCUUCGAGGCAAUGCAGAGAUGAUCUUCAUGUCUCUUUACUCCCUUCUCUAUAUGUCCAGCCUCCUGCCGGCCAAGAUCUUUGCCAUUGCCACAAUCAACAAGUCUGGCUGGGGUACUUCUGGCCGAAAAACCAUCGUAGUGAACUUCAUUGGCCUAAUCCCAGUGUCCAUCUGGGUGGCCGUUCUUCUAGGCGGAUUAGCCUAUACUGCUUAUUGCCAGGACCUGUUCAGUGAGACUGAGCUAGCCUUCCUAGUCUCUGGGGCCAUCCUGUAUGGCUGCUACUGGGUGGCCCUCCUCAUGCUGUACCUGGCCAUUAUUGCCCGGAGGUGUGGGAAGAAGCCAGAACAGUAUAGCCUGGCUUUUGCUGAGGCGUAAUAAAACCAAGGGAAGUGGGGAAAGUGCAAUGGGUAAGGGAAGGAAGGGGAAUGGAAAAGAUGGGGUGGGAGGGAGGAGGGAGUGUUGUGCUCUAGUUUCAUGGCUGAAAGGACAAAUCUGAAGUGCAAAGAAUAGUGGCUGUGGUGUGGCCUGGGUAGCUCUGUUCAGCAGAAGCAUGACACUGAUUCUUCAGGCUCAGGGCAAAUGGACUUGUAUGGAUCCAGGCUUUUUGUCUGCUUGCCCUUUCGGUCAAGGAACUCAGAAAAGAUUUUACUUUCUUCUGGGAAUGCUAAAGAACCCAGAAGUGCACUAAACCACGUGCUAAAGUCCAUCCUGUGGCAACUUCUGGCAUAGAAGCGAACAAUGACAGCCUGUAGGAAAGUGUCCUCCUAGCCCAUGUAAACACGAUGAGGUGUAAAAGAAGUUCCUGUCAAAUCUGACCAGCGAGUGACCCCUUUCCCCGAUCUCCAAUUAGCCAUCAAUGCAUUAAGAUUGUGCCUGAGAUAAUAAGGCUGGGAAGCCUGACUUUUGGUCAAAAAACAGGGUCUAAGAAAUGGUGCUUUAUGUAAUAUAGCCCACUCCACUCCACAUCAAACUAUCCCAGGGAUGAGCCAAGCCACCACGAGUAAGUACUGAAUUUGGUUUCUUUUUUUGUUUUGGCGUUUUUUUUGGUGCAUAUUAAAAGGGAAUGUUUAGCCAGGUGCUGUGGUACACACUUGUAGUCCCAGCACUUGGAACGUACACCUAAGAGAUCAGAGGUUCAAGGCCAGGCUAGGCUACCUGAGAUCCUGUCUUACACAUACACAGUUUGACAGGAGAAUCAAAAAACUGUCAUGGUGCUGAAAACCGUGGAGGCCUUGGACUGAAUGUGUUCCAAACUGAAACCUGCUCGGACUUUAAAAGGAUCCCAAAGCUGUCAAAAGAGACCUUGCUGGACAGAUGAAACGUUUUAGCCAUUUACCAGGAAGAUCAAACCCCGAUGGGUUGUUGUGGCUCAACCCCAGUGGUUGUUCAUACCUGAAUUCCUCUCAAAUUCAGCUCUAACCUGAGCUCAGAUCUGAUAUGAGAUGUCCUACUCACUAUUUCAUUUCCUUCAAAGGCAUGUGUUCUUGCAAGUUGUUGCUUUCCAGGGGGGGAGCAGCAGUCACAUCUUCAUUUCCACAGGCAAAUUUCUUCACGUGGUGAUGAACACUUCCAAGACCUAUAAGGCUGCUCCCUACACACAUGGAAGUAACAGCCUCACUUCACACUGUUCAUCGGCUUGGCACCAGCCAUUACACUGGCAGCUGUUUAGCAUGUGACUUUCUUGACAAUCAUCCCCAAUGUAGACAUUUUGGUAUUGUUCAAAUGAACCAAGUUGGUCAUCUUUGAGACCAUCCAUUCUCCUCAGUGGCUUCUCCAAGGAAUUCUAUGGCCACGCAGUAGAUACUCCUCCAUUUGCUGCUUUAGUCCAGAAACCAAACCAGGAGCUGAACUGGUCCAACAGCCUUCUGUCCUCUCACACCCCUCACGGCUGCUUGAUUUUUCUGUUUCUUCUGAGGAGCGACGAGCUUUUUUAUAUUGUUUUCAAACUAAGACCAGACUCCGCUUUGGAUUUGAAACCUGGGAUCAUGACUAAGGCUUUGACUUUAUGAGCUGCUUAUACUUUUUCAAACAUUUGUUCUCAGAGGGGCCAACACUGAGGUGGACAGAAGUGUACACAGGUGCUUCCUACAAAGGAAUGAAGUGCACUCUGGACCGUGAAGGGCAAUCCCUGGUAGUUGCCUUCUCAUGAACACAAGGGCUUUCUGGGUGUAGCUAACAGUUGCCACAGCACACAGACCUCAAGUUUCUAAUAAAACUCCUGGCUGAGGUCAAGCCCAACCCAGGCUGGUUGGGAAGCAGCAGCCAUUUGUCAAAGGUGUUUGCUCUGGGCCCUUCUGCGAAGAAGCGAACUCUUGAAGACUAGCAUGGACGCAAUCCAGUCAGUCAACCACAGGGCUCCCAUAUCACUAAGGGCUUUUCUUCAGCUUUUACUUGAACAUUAGCACAGGACAAUGGACUCCGGAUGAAAACUGACUGUCCCUACCAUCAGCUCUUCUGCCUUGCACUGUGGCCAACUUCCUUCAGAUGAAAAAUGCAGGUACAGUAGUGAGCUCGCAACAUUUGACCUCGACUGGAUUUCUAAUUUAUUUUGUAAGUUUUUUUCUGCAGCAAAACUAAACUGGGUCCACAGCUGUAUCCCUGUUUCUUACAAGGGAAGAGCCUUUAUACAAUUAGACUCAUUUUGGUUUUUUUCCUCAUUGACAACUUCAGCCUCUUUUGUAUUACUUCUACAAUUUGUAAACAUAUUUAUUUUUACCUGUUUUCUUUUACAUAAGGAGGGAACUUUAUUUAACAUUAAGGAUGGGGGGGAAUCAGAGGGGAGGUGGCUUUACUUAGGGAUAAUAUUCCUCUCAUGCUCUUGAUGCAGCCAUUGAGCACAACGUACGGGCCUUUUGCUUCUUAAGCAAAGUAACAGUGCACAGAGGCGUGCAGCUGGAGCUCAUCUUUUUCAGACAAGCUUCUUUAUCCACUGCUCUGCCUUCACCUUGCCCGUCCCUUCCUGUGGUAGUGGCAUAGCUGCUGGAAAUCCCUGAUUUGAGUUUCUAGCCUAGCCCAUCCAUGGGCACAACCUUAAUAUCAGACUUACGCCAUCCUUAUCCUUGAAGUGUUAGAUGAAGCCAUAGCAGUCCUGCUCUCUGUACUUAAUGAUCAUCUUGUUCUUACUGCUGUACAUGGCUAGGGGUGACUACAUGGUAGAGUGACAUUCUGUUCUGCAGUGUCCAGCAAUGGGGCUAUAACCAGCCAUCUUUUACAAGAAGGUCCUUGUCCAGGAGUGGUGGAGGAAAUUGAGAACUCUUGCUUCUACUAAUACAGGCUGCCCAUGUUCCAGCUCAACUUCCCCUAAUUUAUUUAGAAAGCACUCUGAGGACGUGGUCCUUAUUUAACUCAAAGUCCAGGCUACAAACAAAAUCAUAGGUCGGAAUUCCCCACAAAGUGUAGCAGGACCUCCUCUCGGGAUGAUCCUUCUCCGGCAUCACAAUCUCUACCCUCUUUCUCAUUGCUCUUCCAGAUGCUCUGGUAACUACAGGGGCCAUAACCAAUGUUCCCACCCCACCCCAGCUGCUUUAGCUCUGCUCGUGCUUCUGUAGCUCUGCAUAGCUCCCCCGCUGUCAUCCUUCUUGUUGAUGUCCAUAUUCUCUACUCCAGCAUCAUCUGGAGUGUCAUGGGGAUGCAGGCUGAAGAUACUGACUCCUGUUUCUCCAGGACCACCUAUCCACUUUGCUCAUCAGUAUGAAACCUAAGUCUCCCCUCUGAGACUAAUGCUCAGUACUUCUAUCUCCUUGAGGACCUUCUUCCCUUUCUGCUUAGUUACCUUAAAGGUCACCAUCUCCUUGGGUAGGAGAUACUUAGAGAUGAGCUGAGAACCUGCUGACCUUGUAGAUGCAGGCUGACCUACUUCUCUGUCAAUUCUCAUUCACGAGGCCAUUGGCAUUAUCACCUUAGUUUAUAUGAAGGUGUCUAGCUAGUUCCUCUCCAGUUCCCCGUCUUAUAUGGCUAGCAAAGAGCAAAGAUUUUGCUAUGCCAAGAACACCUGCAGAAGACAGGUGGUUAAGGCUACUUCCACAAUUCCACAUUCUUUUUGGCCAUUUUUUUUAAUCCUUUUUUUUUUUUUUUUAAAAAGGUUUUUUUGAGCAGGGUUUCUCUGUGUAGCCUUGGCUAUCCUGGACUCACUCUGUAGCCCCGGUUCACAUUCAGCAGCAGCUCAUCCACCUGAAGCACUCCUUUGGUCCUUAAAGAUCAGUCUCUCCUUGGUGAGGUCCUGCAGGUCUCCUCUACCAGUGUGCUGACGCCUAACUCUUGAUCCAUCUCACCCAACAGCUUGGUCCUCUCCUCUGCCAUGUACUUCUGUAGCUCCUCACUGCCCCAGCUGUGUUGUUCCCAAGGCAGAGGCAUUCUCCUGGCCCAGGAAUGCUCUUCUCAAAAGGCCAUGAGAGUUGACAGUGGCCACUCUAAGUACCUCAAUUUCUUAACACUGACCUUCAGGAGUUUCAAGCUCAACUUGGUGGGAACUGGCAGUUUCAGUGCUGAAGGAGAGCAUAUCCUGAGCAAUGGGCCCCAAGGUCAUCUCACUUCUGGUUCCUCCCUGCUCGGAGUACUGUGCAGUGCUUCCGACAACUCCACCUCUGUUUACUGCAAGUGCCAUUCUGGUGCUAUGCUUUGUAUUCCUGAUGCUGCUGUGGCCGCCUGAUGACCUCCUAGUGCAAAGCUGGCUUCUCUGGGCUGCCACCAAGUCCCAACAACACAAAAUGCAAACAAUUUCAGCUGACAAGGCAGCCGCCAUCCUGUUGCUGGCAAACAUGAACGGCUGCUUUUGGCAUUGUCAUUUUCAUUGCCCUUGGAGAUUGGCUUUUUUGUUGUUUUAAGGUCAAGAAUUUUUUAUUGCACUUAUCAAAAUAAAAACUCUUACAUAAU